AUGUCGUACUUUAUGACCCACCUCCACUCCGGCUGGCAUGUCGACCAGGCCAUUCUCGUCGAAGAGGACCGAGUCGUCUGUAUUCGGUUCGGGCACGACCACGAUUCAGAGUGCAUGGCUAUGGACGAGACGCUUUAUGGUGUUUCGGAAAAGGUGCAGAACUUUGCUAUUAUGUACCUCGUCGACAUUACCGAGGUGCCCGACUUUAACAAGAUGUACGAGCUGUAUGACCCGUGCACCCUCAUGUUCUUCUACCGUAACAAGCACAUCAUGAUCGACCUGGGAACGGGUAACAACAACAAGAUCAAUUGGGCUAUCACGGACAAGCAGGAGCUCGUCGAUAUCAUCGAGACGGUGUACCGCGGUGCAUCGAAGGGUCGUGGUCUCGUCGUUUCGCCGCGCGACUACAGCACCCGCCACAAGUACUAG